AUGAACUACGGCGGCGGCUACGAAGCGUACGGCACCGACGACUACUCCGCCACAAGUGGCGGCGGCGGCGGCGGCUUCAUGUCCAGUCAACAGCCCACUGGCAAUAGUCAGUCCACGACGCCUACGAAACGCAGCAACGCCGUGCAAAGCCUCGUGCCAGUGGCCAUCAGUCAGCUGCAAAAGAGUUCGAGCGCGGCGUCCCCCGACGACGACGCGUUGACGCUCGACGGCCACGAGAUCUCGAGCGUGCGGCUCGUGGGACUGCUCACGAACCUGACGCCGCACUCGACGAGUCUCCGCUUCCAAUUGGACGACGGCUCGGGCUGCUUUGAUUGCCAGUACUUCUUGGCAGCGCUCGACGACGCGGACGCGAGCGACAGCGAACUCAAUCGGCUGCGCGAAGGCAGCUACGUGCAGGUCGUGGGCAAACUGCGGACGUUCCAGGGCAAAACGAGUCUGUCGUGUUUCCAUGUCGCGCCGCUGGGCGACAUGAACGAGCUCACGCACCACCUUUUGGAGGUGCUGUACGUCCACUGUUGCAACACAAAAGGGGGCCGCAGGGCGUCGGACGCUGGGAAACUUGACGUCUCGAUGACGUCGUUCCAGACACCGACAAAAGGUGCAGGCGACGAGUGGAAGCAGCCGAGCAGUGGGGCAGGCUAUGGAGGCUACGGCGGGGGCAUGGACGACAGCAGGACGACGCUGUCGGACUUUUCGCCGGAUCAAAAGGCCAUUCUCGACGUCCUGAGCACGUGCACGAGCGACCAUGGGCUCAAGAUUGACUACAUUUUCAACAGCUUGCGGGGCCAAAUGACCGAACCGCAGCUCCAGAGUGCACUCAAUUAUCUCAUCAGUGAGGGGCAUGUGUACUCGACCAUCGAUGAGCACCACUUUCAGCGCACGGCGUAG